UCACUUUGAUCGCUAGUGCAUUCUAGUGGUUGAAAUACAAUACAUUUCGUCAAUAAGCAAGUGGUAGAAGACUGUAUAAGUGAAAUUUGUAAGACAUUUUUACGUGAAAAAAAAUGGCAGAUAACGAGCAGAAAGCUAUGCAGUUGAUGGCAGAGGCAGAAAAGAAAUUAAGUUCGUCGAAAGGCUUUUUUGGAUCAUUAUUUGGUGGAUCUUCGAAAGUAGAAGAGGCGGUGGAAUGCUAUCAACGAGCAGCAAAUAUGUUUAAAAUGGCAAAAAAAUGGGGCGCAGCAGGAAAUGCCUUCUGUGAAGCAGCUUCUCUCCAUGCAAAAGCAGGAAACAAACAUGAUGCAGCAACCAAUUAUGUGGAUGCUGCAAAUUGCUUUAAGAAGUCUGAUCCUAAUGAGGCUGUGAACAGCUUGUUGAAAGCUAUUGAGAUCUAUACAGACAUGGGGAGAUUCACAAUGGCAGCAAAACACCAUCAGUCAAUUGCAGAAUUAUAUGAAACAGAAGCUGUAGACCUUGAUCGUGCUGUACAACAUUAUGAACAGGCUGCUGAUUACUUCAAGGGAGAAGAAAGCAAUUCAUCAGCCAACAAAUGCAUGCUGAAAGUUGCUCAGUAUGCAGCACAACUUGAAAACUAUGAUAAGGCAAUACAGAUAUAUGAACAGGUGGCAUCUUCAUCUUUGGAAAGUUCUCUUCUGAAGUACAGCUGCAAGGAAUACUUUUUCCGGGCAGCCCUGUGUCACUUAUGUGUGGAUGUCCUGAAUGCUCAGCAUGCCUUGGAGCAUUACCAGGAAUUAUAUCCAGCCUUUCAGGAUUCACGAGAAUAUAAGCUGCUCAAGGUAUUGAUUGAUCACAUGGAGGAGCAGAAUGUGGAUGGUUUCACUGAAGCAGUGAAGGAUUAUGACUCAAUUUCACGGCUAGACCAGUGGUAUACAACUAUACUGUUACGCAUAAAGAAACAGGUCAACGACAAUCCUGAUCUUCGUUGAACUGUCCUCUGUUGUCAUGGACAUCAACGAGCUUUGUCCUAUGAACACACUGUCACACUUCCCACAAACCAAUAUGAAACUAUGAAAAUCAUAACAGUACAGUCUCUUAAUAAUAGACAUAUUAUUUUCCAGUUAAAAAAAAGCUGAUUACAUUAAUUACAACUUCACAUUUUCCUUGCUGCAUCUGCAUAUUAGGAAAUGAGUAAUCUAGUUUCAUAUUUGGGAUCUUUAGUUGUGUUACCUGCUGCAACACGUUUUAGCAACUGAGUGAAUGGGAGCAUGAUCUCCAAUCACAUAAUUUCCUUUGAGGAGGAUAAAAAUUAUUUACACCUGUUUUACAUUUUGUCCUAUAUGUAAAUGUUUUGUUAAUGUUGUUCCUAAUAAGGAAAGAUAAUUAUUCCAGUAUGCAGAGUAUAUUGAUGCAUGGGAAGAUAAAUAUUUAUUGCUGAUAACCUUGUAUGGGUAAUGAUGAAAUAAUGAACCUAGAACAUUUUGUAAACUUCAAAAUAUAAUCAGAACCUGGAUUAUGAUUAUGUUGGUAUUGUUCCAUGCAAAGUUAUUAGUGACUUGCAUUAUUGAAAGAGCUCUCUCUUCAGUGUAACUGUAUUUGCCAUUGACAAUGUUUCUAUCAAGUUCCAGCUUGCAUUCUACACUAAUAUCAUAACACUCAGUGCUUAUUUCCAAGCAACAUGUGAAUGAUGUAAGUAUAGUAGAAUGGACAGACUUCACAUGUGAUUCUGUAACUGCCUUUUAUGCACAUGUGAUGUAAAAAGAAGGGGUAAUAAUUACAAGAUCAAAAACCAUGCAGCACUGACAAACUGCAGGUGGAACAUGUUAGUAGAAACAUGUCACUACUGCUUGAAGUGUGGUUCCUCCACAUUUCUUUUUAGCAAAAAGGAAAUUCUAGAACUAAUGCAUAUGGUUUUAUUCAAUAUAUAUAAAAAGUGAUAAAGUUUACAAAAGUUGAGACAUUUUGCUGUUGUUCUUUAUGUGUUUGACCUUUUCCCUUGCUGUGACAGUGAUUUCAAGUAAGAAACACUGAUUUUUUUUUAUAUGCCACAGUAUAUUUAGAAGUUACUGUCUUUUUUGAAACAAGAUGGGAAAGAUGCAGUUCUUCCUAGAAGUACAUUGGUUAAAAAAGGAGAGGAAUGUGCUUCAUAAACAAGACUAUUAUUAAUAAGUUGUGAUGUGCAAAAUAUAUAGGUGGUUGUGGAUGUGAAACCACACAAUACUUUUGGUGAUUAUAAGGCAUUAAGGUACUUGUGUGUUUUAACAGUCAUACAGUAAAGGCCUCAUGCACCCUUGUAUGUAUUUGAAAUCCUUGCUGUUCAGUUUGGGUGUUCAACAUGUGAUAAGUCUUUCUGAAGACUGCAUGGUGUCAGAUGUUCUUUCAGAACUGCCAACCGCGUGCCUAGUUCUUGGUUAUUGCUGUCUUGUUCAGUAAUCUGUUUGUACAUAAUGGGAGACUGAUUCAUUCCCAACUUAAGCACUAUUAUCAGAUCCACAACAUGGAAAUCAGAGAGUUGAAUGCAUACAUUACCUCCUUGUAGCUUCACACUUAUUUAUCUUAUAAUUCACAAAAUUGUAACACAGCACUAUGCAAAGGAUGGUGUUAAUUCUCCAUUCAUAGGUAAUUUUUUGUGUUCAUAGAAUUUCAUACUAAUUUAGGAAGUAACCUUUUUGUGUGCAUAUAUAAAUAUGCCAUUCUUUAGAUAAUUUAGUUUUGAAGUGUCUUAUGUUGCUUCAUUCUUUCCUCCAUAUGAUUAAUGAGAGUCCUAUAUGCACAUAACAGUGACACUGUGGCAAAGAUAAAGUUUAAAACAAUGGUCCUGUUUAAUAUUUUCCAAAUCAGUAUGUCUGGUGUGGGAAUAUGGAGGAUAUAAACUGAAUUGCUCUGAUUUCAUAUUUGUAUAUCCUGCUUGCUAGAUGGUUAAUACAUACAAUUACAUGCACUUUCAGAUUAUUCACACACUAGAAAUAGGCAAUAUUUGUAGUCAUUUUAUAAUAUAAAAAGUACCUUAAUAAGAGUUGAGAUUUAUCAGAAGUAUCAUGGAAAUAGCUUACAUUUUGAACCGAAGCACCAUGGUAUAAAAGUAAAUAUGGUUUAGGCUGUAUAAAUAUGUUCAUUAAGAAGUAUCAUAUAUUUGGUACAAGUUCAGAGCAACAGAAUUCAGUACUGAAAAUGAGAUACAUUGGUUUUAUAAAAUCAUGUGCUCCUAUACCAAGUCUUAUUUUAAUUACAUAGGAGGGUAUUAUACAGAAUUAAUUUUUCCUACCAGAUUCCCAACAGGAGAGUUUGAUCUGUAAAAUAUGUUCAGUAGCCUUGUAAUUAUAAUUUGUAUUAUAACAGUUUCAUUAUAAGUGUACUAUAGUUUAUAUAUUGUGUACAGAAUGUAGAUUAUUGUCCUUAUUGAUUCUUGUGUUUAGUUUUCAAAUGUUUGUACGUUAUAGAAAAAAAUCUUCAACAGAAAUUGUACUUAGCUUUGCUGUGAACCGUGUCUAAAGGGUGGUUUUCCUUUUUCCCUUUUGCACAGGCUUAGUAUUUUGUCACUAGUAUAUCAUGUAUGUGGGUAUGUUAGGUUACUGUUAUCUAGUACAUGAAUGAGGCAAAAGAGAUGUGUAUAUAGCAAAUGCAGCAGAUUGUUGAAUACAUGCUUCCCCAUUCAUCUGCUGUUAGUGGCAUAUUAUUUAUGUGGAUGUAUUCAGACAAGUGUUUUAUGCAAUAAAACCCUAAUGACAUGCUCUGUG